GCUGGGAGGCGUCGGUUUCUUCACGCUUAGUGCUCCUGUUCCUGAACAGACGUACUUCUUCACCGCUGGAAUAUUUCCCGUGACUCGCCCUCCGAGGCUCCUUCCCGCGUUGGCACCGAUGUCUCCCGCCUGUAUGGUUGGCCCUACUGUGCCAGCGUCUGGAGGCCCUAACACCACAACAUGUUUGUGUCUGUGGUCCUGCUUGUGCUCAUGCUGUGCGCUCAUGGAGGACGAGGCGAAGACGAUGUGAAGAAGCAGAGCCGUGGUCAUGUUUCCGUGGUCAUAGUCGGCGGCACGGGGGAUUUGGCCAGGAAGUACUUGUGGCAGGGCUUCUUCCAGCUCUACCUGAACCACGUCAGUAUGGGAAACACCUUCUCCUUCUAUGCUGGUGGACAGUCUCCUCCAGACAAAGCAACGCCCAUUUUCUUCGAUAUUGUGAAGGCGGUGUCGUGCACAAAGGAUGUGCCAGAACAGCGCUGCGCCGUGCUGAAGGAGCAGUUCUUGCGACUAGCCCAAUAUCGGCAGCUCAAGACCCCGGAGGACUACCAGGACUUGUCCAAACACAUUGAGCGGCAGGCCCAAGAGGAAGGUCUGACCGAAGCUGGGCGACUAUUCUACCUCUCCGUGCCGGCAUUCGCCUACGCUGAUGUCGCAAAUAAAAUCCACACCGGUUGCCGUCCUGCCGCAGGAGGUGCGUGGCUCCGAGUUGUCCUGGAGAAACCUUUUGGACACGACCUGAGAAGCGCUCAAGUGCUGGCGGCUCAGCUUGGGAACUCGUUGCAGGAGGAAGAAAUGUACAGAAUUGACCACUACUUGGGGAAGCAGGUGGUGUCCAAGAUUCUUCCAUUCAGAGUAGAAAACAGAAAGUUUCUGGACCCCAUUUGGAACAAGCAGCACAUUGAAAGAAUAGAAAUUGUUAUGAAAGAGACACUGGAUGUGAAAGGUCGCAUUCCCUUCUAUGACCAGUACGGCGUGAUCAGAGACGUGAUACAGAACCACCUGACUGAAGUCCUGACUCUACUGAUGAUGAAGCUUCCUGCAAAUCUCAGCGACAGUGAGGAAAUUCUCCAGAACAAGCUUCAUGUCUUCAGUUCUCUGCUGCCUUUAGGCAAGAACCAAGCGGUGAUGGGCCAGUACCAAGCGUACCAAGCUGAGGUCCAGCAGGAGCUCAACAAGACCAAAGAUCACGUCAGCCUGACACCAACGUUUGCCGCCGUGUUGGCGCACACGGAGGCGGCGCAGUACGAGGGCGUGCCCGUUCUUCUGCUGGCAGGGAAGAUGUUGGACCAGCGCGUGGGAUACGCACGUGUUCUCUUUAAGAAUGACGUGUUCUGUGUGCAGGACCAGCACAACCUUCACUGCAAGCCCAAGCAGAUCAUUUUCUACUUUGGCCACGGCAACCUUCAAUACCCAGCAGUCCUGGUGACCAAGAACCUCUUCAAGCCUUCUGUGAUGGAGGGCAAGUGGAAGGAAGUGACAGAGCAAGCGGAUAUUCUUGUUGUGGGCUUGCCAGCUUCACAUUACUACAUCCUAACCCCAAAAGUGCAGCAGGAAGCUUAUGCAGAACUCAUCUCUCACAUCUUCACUGGACACAAAAAUACUUUCAUUAGUACUGAGAAUCUUUUAGCUUCUUGGGGUUUUUGGACGCCGCUGCUUCAGAGCUUAGCAGGCUCCUUUCCCCGCAUCUACCCUGGAGGCGCCGACAACGGAGACCUGUUGGACGUUUGUCUGAAGGGGAAGGAGAUCGGCUUCACCAGCGAGGCGGUGAUCAUCAGCCCGGAUCACAUAGGCGGAGCGUCGGCCGCUAGUUUCCAGACCAUGCAAGGGAAGUUCCGUAACGGCACUAUGGUGUCCGCUUGGGCCGAGGAGCUGGUGGAGUGUCUGGCGGCAGACAUCCAGGAAGCGGCAGAGGCGGCGGUGCUCCAAGGCGGCGUUUUCCAUCUGGCCCUCUCCGGUGGGGCCACGCCCAUCGCUCUCUUCCAGAGGCUGGCCUUGCACCACUUCUCCUUCCCGUGGAGGAACACCCACAUUUGGAUGGUGGACGAACGCUGCGUGCCGCUCAGCGAUUCUGAGUCCAACUUCUUUAACCUCCAGCGGCAUCUUCUGCAGCAUGUGCACGUCCCCUACCUCAACAUCCACCCCAUGUUGGUGCAGGUGGGCCAGCGUCUCUGCGUGGAGGAUGACCACGCAGUACAAAUGUACCAGGAGGAGAUCACCAACCACGUCAACGCCUCCAGCUUCCACUUUGUGCUCCUGGGAGUCGGCCACGACGGCCACACGGCGUCGCUUUUCCCUGGCGGCGAUGCCACCGACAGCCAGGAGGGUCUAGUGGUCCUCAGCGAGAGCCCCGUGAAGCCACACCGCCGCAUGAGCCUCACCCUCGGUGCCAUCAACCGAGCUCAAAAGGUGGCCGUGUUAGUGUUGGGCAAAAGCAAACACGAGCUCAUCACCCAGCUGAGCCGCAGCAAGGACCGGCCUGACAAGUGGCCCGUCACGGGGGUCCGACCCUCUGAAGGCUCGCUAGUCUGGUACAUCGACUAUGAUGCUCUUUUAGGUUAGCACAACAUCUUGGAUUUGUGUUGGGGAAGUUGUGUACAAACACAUGCAAUGUAGUUGUAGUACUACAGUCUCAGCACAUUGGAGAAAGUUUGAAUAUUUAAAGUUGAAACAGUUGUCAAAGUGGCGGCAUAUACCAAUCUGAUUAAAGCACAUAUUUCAGUUUACACAAGUCAAAUAUUAUGCAAAUUAUCCUGUGCCACACUUUUAUAAUCAGUUGUGUUUGUUUCUUUAUCAAAUCUGGGGUCUACUUUUACAGCAUUUUUAUUCACUAUUCUAUCCCAGCAGGGCACUACAAUUAGAAUCUUGGCUAUGUGACUUUUAUUAACUCCUGUAUUAGUAAGUGUUUAUUACAGUGCUGCUUAAUUACACACACAAACACAACUUUGAAUGGUAUGUUUCUCUUAAAUUGUUAUAAGUACACCUCUGCAUAAAUUGUAUCUUUAACAAUGAAGAAAAAUAUAGUUCAACUUAGAGCAAAGAACAAACUUUAUUUCCAUUGUUUUUAGUCCGUCAGAAAAGAUUUAUGGUGCACCAGUUUGCCAAAAAUGACAUGUUUUUAUCAUUUUUCAAACUAAACAUUUUUUGACCGAGUUCAACCAUGUGAAACUGAAAAAUGAAAUUUUGUUAUCUCAAUAAACUAUCACUCAAAUUGAUCAGCAAUGUUAACUUAGAACAAUAUAUGAAAGAUUUUCACCUACAAAACUUAAAAUGAAUGAAUGUUAUGUCAAAUGUGUCACGAUUCAGUGUUUUCAAAGUGAGGCUAUCUAAAUCAGUGGUUCUCAAAUGGGGGUAUGUGUACCCCUGGGGGUACUUGAAGGUAUGCCAAGGGGUACGUGAGAUUUUUUUUAAAUAUUCUAAAAACAGCAGCAAUUCAAAAAUCCUUUAUCAAUAUAUUUAUUGAAUAAUACUUCAACAAAACAUGAAUGUAAGUUCAUAAACUGUGAAAAGUAAUGCAACAAUGCAAUAUUCAGUGUUGACAGCUAGAUUUUUUGUGGACAUGUUCCAUAAUUAUUGAUGUUAAAGAUUUCUUUUUUUUUGUGAAGAAAUGUUAAGAAUUAAGUUCAUGAAUCCAGAUGGAUCUCUAUUACGAUCCCCAAAGAGGGCACUUUAAGUUGAUGAUUACUUCUAUGUGUAGACAUCUUUAUUUAUAAUUGAAUCACUUGUUUAUUUUUCAACAAGUUUUUAGUUAUUUUUAGAUCUUUUUUUCCAAUAGUUCAAGAAAGACCACUACAAAUGAGCAAUAUUUUGCACUGUUAUACAAUUUAAUAAAUCAGAAAGUGAUGACAUAGUGCUGUAUUUUACUUCUUUAUCUCUUUUUUUCAACCAAAAAUGCUUUGCUCUGAUUAGGGGGUACUUGAAUCAAAAAAUUUUUCACAGGGGAUACAUCACUGAAAAAAGGUUGAGAACCACUGAUCUAAAUGAUUAUUUCCAAAAUGUACAAACGGCAAGGCAAAAUUAUUUAUAGAACACAACUAUUACACACAACAAUUUAAAGUGCUUUACAAAUAAUAAGAAGGCAAAGAGGAACCAUUGAUUCAAAGAGUGUGGAUAAAAUAUUUAUGCAGUUAAAUUUACAAAAUAUAUUUCUAUCUUAUAUAAUGGUCCGCAGUGCUUGAGAAAGUGUGUGUGUGUGAUCACUUGGUGAUUUAUGAACAAUUGUGUCGUACAACACAAUCAAUGCUAGAAGAACAAUAAAAGCAAACUGUUGAGUCAUCAAUAACAGCGCUGAUGAGUUGAUAGUAAUUAAAUGUUUUAAACUUGCACAGCGCUAGAUAAAGCUGCUUGAUACCGACUACUCAUGAAACUUCAAAAGCAGCUGCUGCCACCUUGGGAUAUUUACUUUCUAAAAUUACAUCUGCAGAUUGUCUACAGCCUCAGCUGUUAAGCAUAAUAUCCAUAACCCGAUGCUUAAUGCAGACACUACUACAAUACUUUUGUAUUCUGCAGUUGAGGACAGUAAUGCACUUUAUGCACCCUUUGGUACCGGAAAUAAAAUAAAAAAUGUUGACUUAUUAUUAAAAACAUAAUCAAUUGUGCUCUGAGGUUCAUUCCACCAAAGCAGUGCCAAAAUAAACUUUCUGUAAAUGUGUGGAUAUACAAAUUUUAAUAUUGAAAUGUGUAAAUCAGGUUUCCUGAUAUGGAUACCAGGAAACUUUGUUCAAUUGUUGCACAAGCUUCCUAAGCAGAGCAAGAGUUUUAGCAUGGAUGAAAUAAGACGUAUAAUAACCACGUGACAUAAAAGCAUGUUGACACAAUAAACAUGAACAAUACAAUGUUGUGCUGUGAUUAUAACCACCUUCACAACAGCAUUAUGAUGGAAUAAAAAUAAAGCAGACCCACUUCAUGGGAUGUAAAUGAA